UGAACUGUAUAAAUACACCUGUCUCCCAUCGCUGUGGUUGUUAGUCAAGAAACGUGUAUUGAACUGUGUGCUGAAAUAACGAUAUCUAUUCCGUGACCGAAGAAAACUUUAAUUUCAAUAGACAAAUAAAAUCAAAGUGAAAACCAUGACUCAAGACAACUUCCAAGACACAAACAUUUCGGACGAUUUCUAUGAUCCAGUUCGGUAUCAUUUCGUCGACCGUUCCAAGAAGACAACAGAGGAAGACAUUCCUGUAACACGUACGUUUCGAUGCUACAGAGACGCUGAUGACUAUUUGCAUCCACGCGUGCAAUACGGAAAGUAUACAAAAGAAACCGAGCCGAGCAAAUAUGCCCUGGAGAAAUGUAUCGACGUGCAACACUUUAAACCGGAAGAAAUAUCAGUGAAAGUGGAAAAGAAUUGGAUUGUGGUGCAGGCCAAACACAAGGAGAAGCAAGACGAGCAAGGUUUCAUUAUGCGAGAAUUCACACGACGAUACGAAUUGCCAGCCGGUUGCAGAGGAGAGGAUGUUGUGUCGAGUUUGUCGUCGGAUGGUGUAUUAUCAGUCAAAUGUGCAGCGAUACCAGUCAUCGAAUAUGCAGAGGAACGUAACGUUCCCAUUGAACAAACACAUCAACCUGCUUCUCAAUCGAACGGUUCGACCAGGACGGAUAAAAAGGAUGGAAAAGAAACACCAGUUGCAUAAAGCUACGAUUCGUUACAAUAUUAUCGGAUAUAUCCACUCCACAUCCAGAUCUACUUUAGUGUUAAUGAUAAUAAGAAGUUGUAGUUGAUCUGCAUGUAAGAUCUUUUGUGGAACGUUUUCACCUACAUUAACAACAAAUUAAAAAUUCUCAGUUGUAAACGUCGAAACGUUUUUUUUUAGUUAGUUCGCUAUGACGGACGCUUAAAUAUUUCUGUGCCUUAGAAUCAUAAUUCGACGUAUUUCGUCACUACAAAGUGAUUGCUAAGAAAAGCUGAAAUUGUUGUAAUGUUUUUUUGUUUUGUUUUUCGUCUCAUUAUGAUCCUUACGGCACAGAAAACGUACUUCGUGACUCUUGACGAAAGCAGAAUUUUUUCAGAACACGUCUUAAGCUUGUCCUACUCGGCUUCGUCUCGUUAGGACAAACUUAAGACUAGUCUUGAAAAAUUCUACUUUUCGUUACUUGUGACGAAAAAUACUAUUCGCGUACAUUUUAGCGUUCAUUAAUCGAUCAAAAUACACAAAAAUAAAUUGUGAUAAAUUCUACGGAUUAAAACAUUUUCGUUUAAAAGUGGUUGUUUUCUGAACACAGGCCGUUUGACUUUAAUAAAUGCGACAAUUACGACAUGAUAUUAUGAAUGCAAUAGGAAAUGAGUAAUUCUUCUAUUAUUUCUGUUGCUGAAACAAUUCUAACGAAUGAACUCGUUCUAAGAAUGUUUUGAAUGGGUUUGAACCAACGCAUUUCAGGCAGAGUACUGAGUACUGAAACUGGACAGUCAAUCAAACAAAUUUUUGCACUGUAAAAAAUGUGG